UUCUGGAAUUGACUGACGCAUAAGCCAGUAUCAUGAAACUUUCCCGGCGAGUGAACUAUUAGAAGAGGCCUCCGUUAUGUUAUAACCGUUUGUCCUGGGGAAGUAUUGAGAUUCCCGGGAGCAAAAAUGAAAAAGAGCAAACUCCCUUUCAUCAUUUACGUGACCACGCACUCAGGUAGACAGGAAAAUUUUUUUGACUGCUGUUAUGAUGGUUACACUGAUCCACAAGAAAUCUGGGAACGAAAUUUAUUUUUUCGCGCCAGCGAUCAUCUUAAUCAGAGGAUAAACAAAUGAGGAUUCAAAAUGGUCCCUGAUAAUCGGAAGUUGUUUACAGUUACUAGGGCCCGAGUUGAAAGUAAAAUGAGCACUUUUAGUUAUCAUUAAUCUUGAAAAUGAAGCUACAAACCAGAUGUUUUGAACAGGUCGUCUUAUGAGCAUAAUGGCAGGAUCUGGUCAUGCCGAAAAUGACGUUUACUCAGAAAGACCAGCAGCCACGCGUGAUUGGUUGCAUCAUGCAAAUCAGUCACUCUCUCGACUGAAAGAUGUGAAAAAGGCAUCCUAUUGCCUGGGUGGAGGACCACGUGAGAGAGAAGUCUACUGCCAGUGUAAUUACAGGAGUAAAAGCAAAAACAGUUUCUUAAGUUUGGAAGCCGAGCCUCCACAGUUAGCACUUGACAGUCAAGAAACAGCCAGUAUGCCAGAUUUAUCCAUACCUGAAAUAGUUAAACAGUUCAAUGAACGACAGUCACAAAAGUCCAAGGAAAGGAGAAGACCACAUUCCUCUGCAAUAUAUUCAACCAAGAAUGCAACUAGGAAACAUGACAGUGAGAAACCUUCUGAACACAGCGAUAAUGCUUUCAUUACAGUGAAAGGACAAACAGUGACACCCCAGGCUCGUCCACCUCAUGGACCUCCACUAAUCACUGAUGUGAAAAAAGAUGAUCCUGUUUAUAAAGGAUUAGUUUACCUAGAUCCUCAACACGUGGAGCAACAUCAAACGUGCAGACUUGAAGGACUUCAGAGAUAUUCGGCGGCAUUUUGUGAUAACGAGGAUGCUACGAGCGCUACUCCACCUGCGCCUCGAGCCUCACCGGAACCAACUUGUCCGAGGACAAACUCACCAGACUCAAGUGAAGAAUAUCUCAGUGACGAGAAUGAUGAUAAUUAUGAUAUCAUCAAUGAAUUUUCGCAGACGAGAUCGGUGUCUUCGGCAGGUUCUCGUUCCCUAGUUUUCGCAAUUCCAACGGCGAGUAAUGAAGGUACAGGUAGCGAAGACGAGGACACUCAAAGUGACUUUAAACCUGGUAGACUUUCCACUGAUUAUGUUGCAAAGAGUGAAGUUCUCCUGGACGAGUUAAGCGAAAAAAAUCAAACGGAAGCUGCUGAAAUAUCAGGAAUGCUACUUGAUAUGGAAAGCGCUAAGGCAAAAGUCAGUGGACUUCGUAUUAGUCCACGAGACUUGGAGCUAGACUAUGGCUCGGGUGAGGAUAAAUGUGCCUCGAGCGGCGUCGUCACACCGACGGUACACUUGGCUAGCAUGCAAAUAGAUUGCCCUCCUGUUGAUGAAACAAGACCAGAAAGUGGUUUGUAUGAAACUGUCUGGGUUGAAGAGCCUGCAGAUCCUUACAUUUCAAGCACUCUUCCUUUAAGAAAUAGCCGAGUUUGCUCGGCGAGAUAUAUGAGCAAGCAUACAAACGAUUCAGGACGUAUCAGGAAACACCAAAGCGAGAGUUCUCUUGUGCUGCAAGGAAAAACCGUGGAAUUUUUCAACUCUGAAGAUUUAGCGGCGAGGAUCUGCAUGAGAGACACCAGAAGAACUUUGAAACCCAAUGAUGUCAGUGAUGAAGAGCAUGGCAAGCUUGAAAAGCCAAACGUGCAUGAACAGAAAGUAACCAGUACUUGUCUUGACCAGGUUGCAACAAAACCACCACUUCCAAAAUGGAUUACUGCAAAGAGCGGCAAAAAAUCUACCUCGAGGCAGAAACAUUCUGUUGACAAAAUAAAUGUUCAGAACCAGCCAUCAAAGUCAUCUUUGCGAAAAUCAAACUCUGAAGGAAAUAUUGAUUUGCGUCGUCUGGACACCCACUUGUCGGCUACCAGUAAUCUUUCAAAGAAAUCAGUAACGUUUAGUCGAGAUGUUUUGAAUCAAGAUGAUCAAGUUGAUAGCAGUUCACUUGCUUCGUUUGAACUUACCACUCGUGACAGCUUAGACGGCGAACAUACUUCUGAACAGACCCUGAAAAGUUGUCUUUGGUCUCCUCCUUCAGGAGUUGUUAUACAAAAUGGCUUAGAAAUGAAGGAAAUUGAGUUGGAACGCCGAGAAAUGCCCGAAACAACAGCCUUUGAUAAAGCGUCAAAAGUCAGCCAUACACAAAGAACAAAUCAAAGCACACGAGCCAAAGUUUUGGCAAAAAUGAAAGAAAUUCCAGGUGAUGAAGACCCUUGCCCGUGCAGGACAGUUACCAGACCUACUGCAGCUCUGUUAACAGUGUCGAGAAGCGGAAAGUCUGGACCCACAGAGACAUCCUCGAGAAACGAAAAGCUCCUGAAAAAUCGAUCCACUCGACCUAGUUCUGCAGUGAUUUAUCGGCCACCCUGCAGCGAGUUAACAGAACCAAAGUCACCGAGAAGAAAACCGCGUGCUAUGUCUGCGACAGUGCAGCGAAAAAGGACUGGAUCUGAGAGAGGACAAACCCGGUCCAGACCUUCAUCAGCUCACGUCGGCAAGUCGAGCUCUAAAGAUGCUCGCAGGAGCCGUGCUGCUGCCAAAGUUCUGAAAGAAGGAUAUUUAUUCAAGGAAAGACCUCCACCGCAACUUCCACCAGGUUCAAGAGAACGUCAAGUAAAGAGAGAAGAGAAAAGUAGACUGAAGGAAGAAAACAACAACAGCCUCACCCGGCGUAACUGGAAUAAGGAAGAAGAUGAAGUUGUCGCCUCAGAAGAAUGCAAUGAAGUCUUUGCGCGCCUGCAGGAGAAGGGAAUUGAUGUUUCCAUGGAUACAAUCAAGAGAGGUUUAAUGGCGCCGGCAAGAAGAGCUACUGAUUAUGAAGUACCUGCUAUUGGUUCAAGCUCUCGGCUUCUUAGCCGACCAGAAAACUGGUUAACAGAAGAACACGCCCGAGUGCAGAUCUGGGAAAAUGUGCUGAAACGUUCCAAGUGACUUGCAUGAAGUGCGAAAUGAAGAAGAAUUUGCAGACUUAUGAUAUUCCACUUACCAGUUAUGCAAGGCAAACAAGUUGGGAAAUACAAUAUAGUGUGAUGUUAAAGAAGAGAUUUAUAAACAAGCCCUGUAAGCAUAGUUUUAGAAGUAUUCUGCACGUUUGAACAAACUGAUCGGUUGAAAUCUUGUGGAUUUAACUUUAUUACUUAUUCAUGCCAGUAAAAAAAUGCCCGAGAGAAACUCAGGGUACUAGUUAAUACUCAUCAAUUGCAGACACAAAAACUCGCAUUGAAACUUGUGGAUACUUCAAUUAAUUAAAGGAAACUGUGGUAUGCUAUCAGAACAUCAGCUUUUAUGUGCACUCAAUGUUGGCGAGUUGGGUUGACUUAAACACACCUGCAGCAAAUGAAUGUAAACAAAUGGAAAUUACUUCAUGGAAACCCAAGUAAUUUGUCUAGCUGGCGGAGCAUGCACAAUCUUCAUAUACAAACGAUGUUUUCAGCCUCAUUCACGCGACAGCUUAUUUUGGGUCGGGCAGGGCGUAGGAGUGCCGUGCAAUCAAAUAUAGGCCCGAUGUUUGGCGUGUUAACACUUUGCUGCAACUCUUUUAGCGGGAUCUACAUCUUGGCAGGCGGUCUUGGUCUAGUCUAAACACAUUCCCCGGUGCAGACACUCUCAUCAAAAUGCACAAAUUGUGUUGGCCAUAUAAGGCCAUGAGACUAACUCCAAAGACUAUGGAAAAGUUUGCAGCGAUGAAUUAUGUGAAAUUCGACUAGAGUCAUCCAGGUACAAGACGCUACGAAGAACAAUCAGACUCUCCACAAUGACCAUGACUGUCCAGUCAGUGGAAAGCGAUGAAGUCUUGCUAGCCUCACUCGUGUUAUGGCCGCACAUUUUCAGCAAAGCAGCAAAAAAUAUAUAUAGAAUUCUGUGAUUAAAUAAGUUAACAGGCCUUGGGUACCGUCAAAGUGUGCAAGACCCUGAAUAUUUGUCGUGUACAUAUACGAAACAAACUGAUACAUCAUAUUUACCUUUUGUAUAGCAUGCUCGGUACAGCUGUUGAUUAUGCAGAAGAUAAUGAAACUGAAACAUUAAUAUAUUAAAAUAGUUAUGUAAAAGCGUUUUCAGCACACUUUGUAAAAUAUACCUUGUUGAGAGUCCGGUAUCAUGGCUGAAAAUGUAACGAAACGUCAUUGAAUUUCCAGUUUUGUGCUCAGAAACCAAAUAAAGCAUUCACAUGUUUCUUUGAA